GGGAGUUUGCAGCAUCCAAACGGCUCGAUUCGAGCAAGACACGAGCAUUUAUUGACAUGAUGGGCGGCGAGAUCGAUGCGCUCUACAUCUAUGAUGAGCAUAAUCAACCCUUGGUAGAGCAUGUAUAUCGCUCGCGCCCGCCAUCUGCAGCAACACUCCGGCCGCUAUACUUUGCCCAUCCAGCCCCGCGCCCUUCGCUUCUUUACUUCCCGAGCACCUCGCCGCCGGUAACCGUGUUCUCCGUGGUCCAGUCGAAUCUACUCUUCCUGGCGGUGUCGGAGGUGGAUACAGAGCCGCUUCUAGCGCUGGAGUUCCUACACCGGGUUGUUGAUGUGCUAGAGGAGUUCGUCGAGGCGCCGUUGAUCUCGACCAAGAUCCAGUCGAAUUACGAUGUGGUAGCUCAGCUGCUACAUGAGAUGUGCGAUGCAGGGCUAGUGUGCAAUACGGAGCUCAAUGCGCUACAAGAGGUGGUCAAUAUGCCUGGCUGGAUGGGAAAGCUGUUGGGUGGAGUUGGGUCAUCGUCUUCUGCGUCGUCAUUGGGAGGUCCUAAUUCCUUGAAACCACCAUUGUCGUCAGCCGCUUCCCAGGGUCCUGCGAUUCUGUGGAGAAGGCCUAAUGUCCGGCAUACGUCUAAUGAAAUAUACGUCGAUAUCGUUGAAUCGCUCUCCGUUACAAUCGCACCCUCCGGACGUCUGCUCUCCGCGCUGGUCUCGGGGACAAUUGCAUUCACGGCUAAGAUAUCCGGUGUUCCCGACCUGCUUCUAUCGUUGACAACUCCCGGAGGACAACAAGCUAUUGGGCAGAAGAUGGAUCUACCAGUGUUCCAUCCGAGUGUCCGACUAGCAAGAUGGAGGGAGCGGCCAGGGGACCUUAGCUUUGUCCCUCCGGAUGGUCGUUUUAUCCUCGCAGGUUAUGGGGUAGACCUUCUCCCCAUUGACCCGGACCUUGACGAACCGCCGAGCCACAUGGAGAAGGUCUUCCUACCCGCUUUUGUGGACAUGCGGAAGUCAUUAGGACCGACAGGCUCCGAAUUCGAGGUCCGGUUGACCCUCAACACGAGCUUCCCGGGCGUCGCACCUGCUACACGACCAGGAAUAGGACGUGCUGGCUCAGGCACAUCGACGCCUUCAUUUCUCGGCGGUGCGGGAAGCGGCACCCCCUCUGCACCAGUCUUGGACGAAGUCGUUGUCACAGUACCAAUACCCCAAUCCGUCCGGAACAUCACGGACAUGCAAGCCAGCCGGGGCGAGGCCAUAUACAACCCCGGGAGCGACGUCCUCGAAUGGCGUGUACCGACCAAAGACGCGGGAACCGUCUCCGGAACAGCAACACUCCGAUGCACCGUCAGCGGCUACCAAACAGGCGACGAAGAUGCGGAGGAUGAAGCAGCCGAAGCAGACACAAACCUCUUACAGGGCUACUACGACCCCUCGACAUCCUACCAAGAUGGUACGGACCCAUCCGUCCGCAGGAAACGCAAAACAAAAAAGAAGAAAAAGACCAAGAAGGUCUCCUCUAAAUCCAAACAUACCACCACAGACGACCAACAACAACAGUCAGAAACACAAGCAGAGCUCUCAGAUCUGCACCUCUCCAUCCCACAAUCCCCAACACCACAACAGUCCUCCCCCCUGGCCUCUUCCCCAUUACCCCCCUCCUCCCCUAAACCUACAUCCCCACUGCCAUCAUCACAACCAUCCUCACAAUCGAUUUUCCGCCCCGCACCACGCAAAACAAAAACCCAACUCAACGCCUCCUUCAUGCCAAACUCCGCAUCUGUCUCCUUCGUCGUCCAGGGAUGGCUUCCCUCGGGGAUUAAAGUUGACAGUUUGAACAUCGAUCCUAGACGGAGUCGCGGGCUAGGUGAGGGCGUAAGGCCAUAUAAGGGGGUGAAGUAUUUGUGUGUUAGUCGGAGGGGGGUGGAAGUAAGGUGUUGAUGCCUCGUUUACUUGCUGAGGAGCGUGUGCUGGAUCUAAUGGUGAUAUUGCUUGGUUUGGCUUGGAUAUCUUGGAUGGUGAUGCAUUUAUCCAUCACAUCAAUGAAUAAUGAAGAGCAUUUCAUGAAAGUCUACUUAAUCGCAAAUCUAUACUUGCUCUAUUCAAGUAUCACUGUCAAUUUCCAUCUAGUCUAUUAGGUAGGCGCAGAGAGUUUAUAUUUUUACUGACCUCUCGCGCACCUCAUUCAAACCUGCACAUCUGGCGAACAAUAAG